UGCUUACGCAGCACGCAGGGCUGGGGGUGGGGCAGGCGGCCGGGCGGGCGGCGGAGGCAAGGGCCCUGGUCCCGCCGGCACCAUGGCCAAGACCGUGGCCUAUUUCUACGACCCCGAUGUGGGCAACUUUCACUACGGGGCUGGGCACCCUAUGAAGCCCCAUCGCUUGGCAUUGACCCAUAGUUUGGUCCUGCACUACGGGCUCUAUAAGAAGAUGAUCGUCUUCAAGCCUUACCAGGCCUCCCAACAUGACAUGUGCCGCUUUCACUCUGAGGACUACAUUGACUUCCUGCAGAGAGUGAGCCCCACCAACAUGCAAGGCUUCACCAAGAGCCUUAAUGCCUUCAACGUGGGUGAUGACUGCCCAGUGUUUCCCGGGCUCUUUGAAUUCUGCUCCCGUUACACAGGCGCAUCUCUGCAAGGAGCAACCCAGCUGAACAACAAGAUAUGUGAUAUUGCCAUUAACUGGGCUGGUGGUCUGCACCAUGCUAAGAAGUUUGAGGCGUCUGGCUUCUGCUAUGUCAAUGACAUUGUGAUUGGCAUCCUGGAACUGCUCAAGUACCACCCUCGGGUGCUGUACAUUGAUAUUGACAUCCACCAUGGUGACGGGGUUCAGGAAGCCUUCUACCUCACUGACCGGGUAAUGACAGUGUCCUUCCACAAAUACGGAAACUACUUCUUCCCCGGCACAGGUGACAUGUAUGAAGUUGGAGCAGAGAGUGGCCGUUACUACUGCCUCAAUGUACCCCUGAGGGACGGCAUUGAUGACCAGAGUUACAAGCAUCUUUUCCAGCCGGUUAUCAACCAGGUGGUGGACUUCUAUCAACCCACGUGCAUUGUGCUCCAGUGUGGAGCUGACUCUCUGGGUUGUGAUCGAUUGGGUUGCUUCAACCUCAGCAUUCGAGGGCAUGGGGAAUGUGUCGAAUAUGUCAAGAGCUUCAAUAUCCCUCUACUGGUGCUAGGUGGUGGUGGCUAUACUGUCCGAAAUGUUGCCCGCUGCUGGACAUAUGAGACAUCACUGCUGGUAGAAGAGGCCAUUAGUGAGGAGCUUCCCUAUAGUGAAUACUUCGAGUACUUUGCCCCGGACUUCACUCUCCAUCCGGAUGUCAGCACCCGCAUCGAGAAUCAGAACUCCCGCCAGUAUCUGGACCAGAUUCGCCAGACAAUCUUUGAAAACCUGAAGAUGCUGAACCACGCACCCAGCGUCCAGAUCCAUGAUGUGCCCGCAGACCUUCUGACCUAUGACAGGACUGAUGAGGCUGAUGCCGAGGAGAGGGGUCCUGAGGAGAACUACAGCAGGCCAGAGGCACCCAAUGAGUUCUAUGAUGGAGACCAUGACAACGACAAGGAAAGCGACGUGGAGAUUUAAGAGCAACCGGGCUUGUUGUAUCCCAAGGAAUUCCUUUUUACCUCUUUGUUGGGUGGGAAGGAAAAGGCGUGACUCCCCCAGCCAUGGACUAGUCACCUUUAGGGCUUUUGCCAGUGCUGGGGAAGGGUUUGGAGACUUCUGGUUUUCAAACCAACUAUCCCCUUUCCUCUCCGCUCCAAGGCCUAACAAUGGUACCUAUUAGGGACUGGGCAGAGACAAGGAUGGUUGUCUGUAGGAUGUUGGGCAGUGGGCCCUAGAGGAGGAUCCCAGCACCUCUGGCCCCCUUGUUCUUCCCUGCUUCCCUCCAACUCAGAGACUUUUAGGGAUGAAGGGGUAGAUAGGAUCGAGGUUGCCUCUGACUUCCUCCUCCUCUGGGUUUUCCUACUAUAGGCCUUGUCCAGUGCGGGUGAAGAGUGAGGUGUUUUAGGGGGCUCUGGUUCUGUAACACUUUAUCCCCAGGUGAUGGGAAGUGUUGGUUUUGAGUCUGGGGAGGAUUUGAAAAUGUCCUGUUCUAACUUUUGUCUUUAUGUCCAUUUUACCACUUUUUAUUCAAUAAACCAGUUGGUAUUUUUUGUA